AUGCAGCGCGCCCUUGCCAACCCCGCGAACCUCCAGGUCGAGCUCCGCCACGUCGGCCGCAUCGUCGCGCCGCUUACCACGUGGGCUGCGCCCCUCGGUGCCAUCGUCGCCUGGUGCGCGUGGCCCGGCCUCACGGCUGAGUUCAAGGAAGAGACCUUGGGCAUCAAGCAGGCGCCGGCGCACGGUUCGAUCGCGGCCGCUGCCAACCUCCGCCCCAGCUCCAAGUACAAGUACAUCAAGAACGAGAUUGGCGAACGCCCGUCAUUUAAUUCGACCCAAUGA